AGAAACCCUAACUCACAAACUCAAAAACCCUAACCCAAUCCAUGGAUUCAAAGCCUCUAGCAAUGUUGUACAUGUUCAUGGUUUCCAUGCUAAUCACAUUGCCACCAGCCUACUCUUGGCAACAAAACUGCCCACCACCUUACCCUCCCUACGGCGGCCACCCCUCCCCCCCGGCCCACCACCCACCCUCCCCUCCCAAACACCAUCCACACCCACCUUCCCCUCCAAAACACCACCCCCACCCACCUUCCCCUCCCAAACACACACCCCAACCACCCCACCAUGCCCCCCCAGUAGUCCACCCACCCGUCAUCGUGCCACCAAUAAUCAUGCCACCUCCCGUCAUCUCUCCCCCGAUAAUCAUGCCACCUCCGGUCACCACACCACCAAUCACAAACCCUCCAGUGACCAAACCGCCACCGGCCUCUCCUUACCCUCCCUACACCCCACCCGGAGGAGGCAAACCCGGACCAACUCCAGGAGCCACGUGCCCCAUAGACGCGCUGAAGCUAGGGCUGUGCCUCGACGUACUGGGAGGGUUAGUCCACGUGGGGAUAGGAAACCCGGUGGAGAACAUAUGCUGCCCGGUGCUACAAGGCCUUCUAGAGUUAGAAGCCGCCGUUUGCUUGUGCACAACAAUAAGGCUUAAGCUUCUCAAUCUCAACAUUUUCCUUCCCUUGGCGUUGCAGCUGCUGGCCACGUGCGGCCUCACACCGCCGCCGGGGUUUGUGUGCCCACCUCUCUAGGGUUUUUCUAUGUUCCAUGGCGGCCGUGUAUGUUGUUUCUUGCUACAUGCAUCGGAUCGGAGUUUGGGGUUUUGUAAUAAUUAAUUUGCUCAUUAGUAUCCUAAUUUUCUAAAAUGUUUUGUAUUACUAGCUACUUGUGUUUCGCUAGACCAAAAGUUUGUCAUCUUUGUGUUAUUAUAUAUUACUACUACUUCUAUUAA